CUUUCCUUGCCAUUAUUUUUUAUAUUUUUUUUUUCUUCCCCCCGACUGACUUCUCCCUACUACUGGUUCCUACACAGCAUCAAUUCCAAACCACCGCAAAGGGUAAUUUUUUUUUUGUAUAUUAUUCUCUCUCUCUCUCUCUUCUUCUUCGACUUGUUUGUUACUACUACUAUAUAUUUUGUAAUAUUACAUACAUACAUACAUACAUACCGUAUCAUACCGUACCAUACCGUACCCCGAGCGUCAGAACAUCCUCGUCACAAGCAAACAGCGCAAACAUGCCCCUCCUCGCCCGCUGCCCCACCUUGCUGUCAACCCCUCUUCCUUUUUCUUCGCUCGCCUCCUCCUCCUCCUCCUCCUCCUCCUCCUCCUCCUUCCUCCUCCUCCUCCGUUCUUCUUUUUCCUCCUUCUCCUCCUCCUCCUCCUCGUCGUUUUCCACCCUCUCGUCUGCUUCCUCGCCUCUACGCUCGCUCUACGCCUCCAACCACUCCAUCCACAACUCCCGUCUACGUGCUUUCCACUCAUCCGCCGCAGCCAUGACUAUCACAACCUUCUUCGAGGUCCAGUACGCCGACCCGGCUCAGCCCAACCAGUCUACCAUCGGCCGAAUUGAGUUUGAGCUCUUCGACGACGUCGUCCCCAAGACCGCCGAGAACUUCCGUGCCCUCUGCACCGGCGAGAAGGGCUUUGGCUACAAGGACUCCGUCUUCCACCGCGUCAUCCCCGAGUUCAUGCUCCAGGGUGGUGACUUCACCCGUGGCAACGGCACUGGUGGCAAGUCCAUCUACGGCGAGAAGUUCGCUGAUGAGAACUUCAAGUGCACCCACGAGGGCCCUGGCAUCCUCUCCAUGGCUAAUGCUGGUCCCAACACCAACGGCUCCCAAUUCUUCAUCACCACCGCCAAGACCAGCUGGCUCGAUGGCAAGCACGUCGUUUUUGGCAGGGUCGUAGAUACCCCCUCCAGUAGACUUGGUCUCAACAAGAAGCAGUCCAUGGAUGUUGUCCGCGAUAUCGAGCGCAGUGGCAGCAGCUCCGGCGCCAUCAAAACAAACAUCAAGCCUAAGAUCGUCAACUGCGGUCAGGUCUAAAAUACUUCCCUCUUUCUUCUUCUAGAAAACUUCUUUUCUUUAAUUUUUUUUAUCUGUUUUGUGAUGCGGGGAGUGAGGGGAGGAGAAGCCGUGGGAUGUUGUUAGUCAUGUGAUGUAACAGAAUACGGUUAGCAGCAGUGAAAGGGGAAGGUGGGAGUGAGAUGUUAGUUGCUGAAAGUUGAGGGUUGAAGGGGGAAAACCUGGCCUGUUUUUUUAUACUACUAAUGAAGACAGAAUCAAAAAGAAAACCAAAAGAAAGAAACCCACCAAAAAAAAAAAAAAGAAAAAAAAGAAAAAGAAAAAGAAAAAGAAAAAGAAAAAAAAGAGCUGCAAGUUUUAUGAAAUAAAAACUCAAAAUGUAAUCUGAAUACUUUCAAUAAAGGAAAUGCUUUUUUUUUUUUUUUUUCCCUUACGGAUUUGGUUUUGACAUGUCUAUUUUAUUUAACCUUUUUUACUCUUUUCUGCUUUUAAUAAGACUAGAAGAACUGAAGCAAAGUUAAUGAAAAGUGAAUUCUACAACCUGAAAUGAAAAUAGUAAUUAUGAGAAAAAAAAAAAAAAAAAAAAAAAAAUUCAACUAUCCAACAUACUCAUGAUUAUAGAUACUAAAUAGA